AUGAAUCAGGGUGUAUCAAAAUUGGCCAAACUUCUUGCAUCGGAUGAGCUAAAAAAUCGCAAAAUUGGAUACAAGUAUGCGUGCGAGCUUUUGAAACUUCAUCCUGGUACAGAUGAUGGGGCGGUAUCUUAUAUCGAUAUUCUGGGUGUUUGUAAAGGACUUUACUACAGUCUUUGGAUGCAAGAUAAACCACUUCUUCAGGAGGAGGCUGUUGCUAGAAUCGUAAAAUUAAUAGGCAUAACGAAAAAUCGAGAUGUUCGUUCCAUGUACGUUAAGGGACUCGUGAGAGAUUUUCUCGUUAAAUGCAUUGUCUCGGUGAAAAAGAGAGUUCUUGGUCCCGAAAUCGUUGCUAGCUCAAUUUUCGAAUCAAUUCUAAACUCAGAUUUUAACUCAGCUGUGGAUUUAAAACUUCACUUAAUUAUUGUCUUGAAGGAAGAGUUGCUGAAAGCAGGGGAAGUCCCAUCGCUUGUCAACGCCUUUUUUAAACACACGCUUGAUAGUGUUCAAAAAAUGCCGAAGGGCAGUGUGUAUGCUACUGAUAUGAUUACCCUCCUUACCUUUUUGGCUAAGGAAAUGCGUAAUCAUCCCAAGUUUCCAUUUGGUAAAAUCAGUGAAGAACUACUUGUCCUAUCUACGCAGUUUCCAUUAUAUAGGAAAACUUUCCUCAGAAUUUCCAAAAUUCUUCAUGUAAAGAAAUCUCAACUAAGCACUAUGGAGAUAAAAUUGGCACAAAGGUCCACUAAUGACGAAUCUAAAAGUUCGCUUAGUAAGAAGUCUCAAUUGAACGGUGAAGCAAAAAGGAAUGUCACAGAAGUCCCUCAAAGUGCUGAAUCCGAAAUUUUGUCUGCCAAAGAACCUCAAGUAAACGGUGAUUACAAAAAUUGCUCCAAACUUACCCCCAAAGUUGAUUCUACUGAAGCAUUGACUGAUAAAUCGAAACCUAAAAAUCCCAGGAAGAGAAAAUUGACAACUGACUCUCCUAACCCUAAUGAAGAAUCUUCCAAAACGAAACGGCUCAAGGAGGAGGGCAAUUACGAGAACGAAAGUGGGCCCCAAAUUGAGAAUAUAAAUGGGAAACAAUCAAUUGAAGUGGAUGUGGAGCUUAAGGAAACCGGUACAACUCUAUCCGCCUAUUCCGCUCCCCUCAAAUAUUCAAAUUUUAAUAUCUUGGCGGCCCCGACUAAUCUCCAACAAUUAGACAUGUCAAUUCUGGAUUGUUUGAAUGAGGUUACGCAGUCUAAACGUGUCUCUUUCGGAAAGGUCUUCUGUAAAAAAUUUUCGUCCACCAAGAAACUUCCUGCUAAGCCUAUUUCAAUUCUUACGCCCCCCAGCCGAGGAAUCCUUCGAAGAUGA